AUGGAAUUCAUCACAGAUCCAAUCUCCGACUCAUAUACCCCAUCCACAGGGUCCUCAAUGUGCUCGUUGAGCAGUAGCAAGUCUGAUAACGUAUUUUUUGCCAAUAUCUUGCCCGACGUGAAUGUCUACGGCGAGCCAGAACCUGCUACACCCACCACGAUACAGGUAUGCAUGCGGUUUUUGAAUUUUAAAAACGUUGUUUUGCUGUGGUAAACCUCAAUUUUUGGCCCUAAAAUACUAUAAAAUGAAGAUUUUUUGAAGCUUUUUAAUUGAAAAUGAAGAUUUCUCAAAAUUUUAUUACCUAAAUUACAACCUAACGCAUCCAUUUUAGAGAAACCUAUGUCUGGACGCCACAUCCGACAUCAAUGUUGAUCUCACCGACGACGAAGACGCCGAAUCCCCAGUUAAAAAGACAAAUCCGGCCAAGAAAAUCUGCCUUUGUGCCGUCUCCAAGCCCUCAGAAACUCAAGAAGCAGCUCGUCCUCAACCGAAAAAGGCUUCAGAACUACCGGACGUACCUUACAAACAAACUUCAAUCACAGACGAAUACAGAAUUAGCCAUGAAAUCAUUGGAAUCGGGGAAUCCGGCAAGGUUAUGGCCUGUUAUCGCAAAUCGGAUAGCCGAAAAUAUGCUUUAAAAGUCCUGAGAGAUGGACCAAAGUCCAGAAGAGAAGUACAACUGCAUUAUCUCGUCAAGUAAGUUGUUUUACAUUCAUUUUGAUUCGAUUUUAGACAAGUUUUGAGGUUAAAGAGGAGAUAUUCCACCUACUACAAUAUUUGCGAAAAUUUUAACUUUCUGGGCCGUUUGCCUGUUGUUUUUUGCUGUUUAUUACCUAAAAAUACAAAACAACAACUUAAAAACAUGUCGGUUUGUCGAUGAGUGCACUUGCGCGCAAAAUUUUCUCAAAAACCGAUAUUACACUAGACGUGAGGUGAUUAAUUUUAAAGUAAAGCGAUAUGAUGCAAGAUCAAUUCAUCUUAUUUACUAUACGAAAGAUAGUAGUAGUUAGUGCAAUUAAAAUGUUAAGAAUCGAGAUUCAAGGCCAUUUUGGUGCAGAUUAGUAGUAAAUUGUGAUAUUACACUGAAAUUUUGGGGAUGGUUAAGGUUUUCUCGUCAUAAAAAAUACAGUAGGUUAAGGAUCUGGAUGAAAUUUUGGUAAAAGUAGGGUAAGGCCAUAGGGAAAUUUCGAUUUUGAGUUUGCACUUUUAAGUUUUGAAAUUUUGAAUUUUGAUAAAAAAAAGUGGGUUUUUAAAGGAAAAUUGGUUAAAAAAUCAAUUUUUAACGAAGUUGGAGCUAAUUUUUGAUUAUUUUAAACCGCUGUAAGCUUCGAAUUUUAUUUUUAAUCAUUUCAGCCAACACCCAAACAUCGUAACCAUCCACGAUGUGUACGAAAACACCUUCGACGCCGUCAGAUGCCUGCUGGUCGUCAUUGAAUUCCUCGAAGCUGGUGAUCUCCUGACUCAAUUUGAAAACCAAGGCUCUCGCCCAUACCCAGAAGACCGUGUAGCCGAUAUUGUACGUCAAAUCGGCUCCGCCGUCCAAUACCUACAUUCCAUGAACAUUGCUCAUCGUGACAUCAAGCUGGAAAACAUUCUCUGCUCCUCCACCGGCUCCCAAUGCCUAUACAAAUUGGCCGACUUUGGCUUCGCGAAGCGGCCAGAACGCAACCACCUGAUGGAAUCACCAUGUUGUACACCCAUCUACGUAGCACCAGAGAUCUUGUCCCAUGAACACUACGAUAAGAGUUGUGAUAUGUGGUCGUUGGGCGUAGUUAUGUACAUUUUACUGUGUGGUUAUCCACCAUUCUACUCGAUGAAGGGCUUGCCAUUGUCACCUGGUAUGAGGUCCAGAAUCCAAAGCGGUCUAUAUGCUUUUCCACCAGAGGAAUGGGAUCAUAUUUCACAGGAUGGUAAGCUUUUUUGGGUUUGGAAGUGACUUUAGGGGGUUACUGGGAAAUUUGCCGGAAUGUCAAAAAUAUAUUAUUUUUUUAUUUUGGCUGAAAAUGCGGUAAAGGUACUUUGGAAGUGCUUUUGAUAUGAUUCCAAUAUAUUUUUUGUCUUUUAAAAAUUUGACGAAAUGCCACAAAAAAUAUUGAUUUUUUAUUUUUGCUAAAAAAUGCGGUAAAAGUACAUUUUUAGCGCUUUUUGCAAGGUUUAAAUGCAGUUUUGCCAUGUUUUAAAAUUAGACGAAAUGUCAAAAAUUUAUUGGAUUUCCUAAUCAUUCGUAUUUUAGCCAAGAACGUGAUCCGCAACCUCCUGAAAACGGACCCAGAAAGCCGUACCAAGAUCGAUGGCCUUAUGAACUCAGUCUUCAUGAAGAAAACAAUCAGAAAGAUGUCCGGCGACGAAACCAGUCCAGACUCCUCGGAUUCUGGAUGCGCCGACGAAGAUGAGGAACCAUCGUCGCCAGAAACUCCAGACGCCCUAGCUGACCUCAACAUCUCGAAGCCGGUCCGUAAGAACGCGGCCCGGCUAAUGAAUCCACACGCAAUGUCAGCACGUGCUAUGAAUCGACCAGCCAAGCCGCCACGCUUGUAUAGUAUCCAAGAGGAGGUGGGCCGAGCGUUGGAGAUGAUUCGGAUUCAGGAGAACACGCCAGUCAUGAAGCCGUUGGACAAUGCUGGUAACUCGUUGUACGAACGCAGAAAGAGCAAGCGAAAUCUGCUGCCAUUGUUCACAAAGUCGGAGCAGUCAAUGGAGUAG